AUGAGAGUCUGUCUUUAUACAACUGUAAACCCUCGAGGCACAGCAGCAGCAGCAACAGCAGCAGCAGCAGCAGCAGAAGCAGCAACUCAGAUACAGGGUACGCAGCAGCAGAAGCAGCUGCAGCACGAGCAGCAGCAGCUGCUGCAGAAGCAACUGCAGCAGAAGCAACAGCAGCAGAAUGCCAACCAGCAGCAGUUGAGCAGCAGCAGCAACAGCAGCAGCAAUAGCAGCAGCAACAGCAGCAACAACAGCAGCAGCAGCAGUAACAACAGCAGCAACAACAGCAGCAGCAACAGCAGCAGCAGCAACAGCAGCAGCAGCAACAACAGCAGAACAGCAGCAACAACAGCAGCAGCAACAGCAGCAGCAGCAACAGCAGCAGCAGCAACAACAGCAGCAGCAGCAGAAGCAGCAGCAGCAGCAAGCAACUGA